ACUUUCCAGUCUCUAGUAUAGUUUAGUUCUUGAAGCAUACUGGAGCACUAGUUCGUGGAGCAUACUGGAGCACUAGUUCUUGAAGCAUACUGGAGCACUAGUUCGUGGAGCAUACUGGAGCACUACUAGUUCUUGAAGCAUACUGGAGCACUAGUUCGUGGAGCAUACUGGAAAAGAAAAUACAUAUUGAGGACACAAUGGAUGAGAAAGGAAAGAGUUUAAUAGCUCUGAUUGAGAGCGUAAAAGAUCCAACAGAGUUAAAGAGUUUAAAGGAUAGAUUAGUUCAAUAUAUAACCGAGUUUGAAGUCAUAGCCGAAGAAAAAAGAAGCUUGGAAAAUUAUGUCAGCUCUUUGAAAAGCCGCACCAUCUCAACCAAAAACAUAUCAACAAGCACGGAACAUAUCUUUGAAAACCAAUCAGAAAAUGCCGAAUCCAAUGAGAUUACUCCUGUAUUUCAGGAGUUGCUUUCAGAAAAAGAAACAGAAAUUCAAAUCCUGAACGAAAUGAACGGUGAGCUGAAGGUGUUGGAGAGAAAGAAUGCUGAAAAGUAUGAAAAUCAGCUUGAGGUCUCAAGAAUCCUACAGAAGGAACUGCAGGCUAGUUUUACUGAAAAUCAAAGCUUAGCAAAAGAAAUGGAAAAGUUGAACUUUAUGUUUGCAGAACUAGAGCAAUCUAUUUUGAAUCAGGAGAAUAAUGUUGCCCAUGACAGGGAAGUAGAAAUCAGAAUUGACAACAAUUCCCAAAUGGAACCAGCCACCCCAGAGACCAAUUUAUAUAAUGAGGUUAAUACUAAAAAUGGCCCAAAGAUGGUGUUAAGUGUGAGUAAAACAUUUAACAAACUAAAGGAUCUCAUCCUAGAAAAGAAAAGUCUAGAAGAACAAUUGUCUAAAAUGAAACAUAUCAACCUACAUUUCUGCUCCCAGGUCAAUAUUCAUGAGGAGAAGUUGUGUAACAUCACUGAUGAAUUGAACAAUACAUGGUUCUAUGUCUCCAAGAUCAAAGAACAACAUCGCAAACUCCACAGCUCAGAACAGAUUCUUCGUGCAGAGCUUGCGGAGAAGCGUAUUCUUUUGAGCAAGCUCAGAGUUGAACUUGAAGACUCUAAGCAGUGUUGGAACAUAGUCAAGCAGAAAACUGCUGAUUCAGAGAAACAAUGGGUUGCACUAAAGGCAGACUUGGCUGAACAGAAACGCUUACUUUUCUCCACAGACUCCUCUGAGAGUGGAAUUUCAGAAGCAGAAGAUGUCUCAUCUGAAAAAUCAGAAAUCCAAAGUCUAGAAAUAGCCAAUGCAGUUCUUGAACCGGAUGAGGUGUUUGAUGAAAGUAUUGAUAAUGAUGAUAAUGAAUCUUUCAGUGAUGAAGAAAUUCCUAAUCCCUUUAGUGAUGAGGAAGAAGAGGAGCCAUCUGUAAUUGAACCCCACAUAUCAAUACCAAAUUUGCAGUAUCCUGUAUUCUUUCCCUCUGUAAGCUAUAUUGCUAAUGUACCAAAUGAUUUUCAGUGUCCAUUGAUUCCAGCUGAAAAUGAAAAAAUUCCAAUUGAAGAAAACAACAUUGAACAGGUUGAUGAUAAUGUACGCGAGCUAAUAACAAGACUAAGUUCAAGCACAGCUCGUGGUGCUUUCUUGGCAAACAAACUUGCUGAACUUCAUAAAAAAAUUGCAGUAGGAGAAGGACCCUUAGUUGGUGCUGGUGAAGAGGACAGCACAGUAGCAGAUGAUGAAGAGACUGGUGGAGAUGAAGAGGAUAACAGCUCUGAAAUGUCCUCCCCAAUACCUGAUCUAGAUGAUUCCAUGAGUAUUCCUGAAAUCAACACAAGUGAAUUCAAUACAAAUCUGAUUAACUCACAAAUUGAGGAAUACCACACUCAAGGCAUCCAAGAAGUUGCUGAGACCACAAUUGACCGGCAAUUAACAACACGGUCAGAGGCUGCCUCUCGGGCAUCUGAUUUUGAUGAUAUGUCAUCAGGCAAUGAAAGUGAUGAUGAAGCAAAUUCUGAAAAUACUGAGUCACCAACUGAUGUCACUCGUUUCCUAAUUCAUCAUCUACCCAUCCAACUAUCAAAGCUAAGAAAUGAAAAAUCUGAACUGGAGGAGAAAAACAUGGAUAUGGAACAAGUCAUUAGUGAUCAGAAAAACUCGAUUGUUGAAUUAGAAAGGAGAUUGAACCUGGAGAAAAACAAGAACAAAGUUUCCGCAGAAAAGGCAUGUGCACCGACAUGCAAACAAUUUGCAUUUGUGAUGGAAGAAAUAGGAAAAGUACUUCUUUGGGAUAUUACAUCUAAUACGGAGAUCCCUCCGGCAUUUUGGUUAACCUAUUUUCCUCCCCAAGAAUUGGCGAGUAAUGAGACUGUGUUACCAAGCAGUAUCCUGCGCGUUGCCGCAACUUCUGAUAAGAUGACGACCACGCUGCGCACAAUCUGCUUCGACCGAGGAACUUACACACUGCAUAUAGAAGAGAAAACUGCUGGGACAUACGCGGUCAAACUUUUUAUGGAAGAUAGCAAAGAGGAGGAAAGAAAUAUUUAGUAUUUUUAAGUAUUGACAAAUAUAAUUAUUAUUUAUUUAA